AUGGAGUCAACUAGAAAGCGGAAGGCGGGGCUGCGCCAGCCUGGUGGCUCUCGCGUGCUGCAGCCAGGGGCCGCCCUCUUCUCCCGGUUGGUUGAUGACGUGCUCAUCUUUGAGGACGUGGGCUUCCCCAAGGGCGUGGGUGACAUCAAAUUUCUGGUCUGCGCCGACUGUGAAAUUGGACCCAUUGGCUGGCAUUGCCUCGAUGACAAGGACAGUUUCUGUGUGGCCUUGGAAUGGGUUUCCCAGGAGUAA